GUAAACAUUUCCGAAUUCGUGGCAAAUGCAUUUCCUCAUUUUAAAUCAAUAAUUUUGAGUUUAGUUCUUAUUAACAGUAGUUUAUUUUGCCACUUUAAAAUAAAUAUUUAAUGACUUGACUAAUCUGGCAUUUGUUACAUCUUGUAAUUACUUAUCAAGUGGUAGUAAUGAUUUAAUCUCGUGUAAAUGAUCCUAUCAAACAUCUCUUCUAGUCUACCAUUGGUUCAGGAGUAGCCCAAACAGAUCACCAUGAAAGCUCUGGGCAGCACAACAAUGAAGUCAGAAAUUGCAGUCCGGAUUUUCCUCAUGGCUUUCUUUUUCUACACUGACAAAAUGCCAGGGUUUAGAAGAAAAAUCCAACAAGAAGAAUAUUGGCUUUACAAAUUUCCAAGAACACCAGAUUAUUAUCCUAGCAGAUAUUUAUGGUGCACCUUAUUUUUUGCCCCUGUUGUGACUGGAUGGCUGAUGUACUACUUUACCAGAGAUCUGGUGGAUUUUAUACAGUUUAUUUUGGGAUCAGUGCUGUCAAUAUUUUUAGGAGGAAGCUUGGUCAAUUGUAUAAAAGUGGGUGUUGGUAGACCAAGACCAGAUUUCUUAGAGCGAUGUUUUCCUGACGGGACUAUAGGAGAUCCAGAACAUUGUACCGGGGAUCUUGCGGCUGUUACUGAGGGAUACAAGAGCUUCCCAAGUGGCCAUGCAACUUUGUGUUUUUCCUGCCUGGCAUUUAUCUCACUGUAUCUUGCCGGUAAGCUUCAUAUUUUUAACAUGAGAGGAAAGGGCAGUGCCUGGCGUAUUGUUGUCGUCAUCCUGCCUCUGUUGUGGGCUACAAUGAUUGGUGUAUCUAGGACAGCAGACUACCAUCACCACUGGCAGGAUGUGACAGUUGGCAGUAUACUUGGGCUUACCGUGGCUUACCUGACAUACAGGUCAUAUUACCCGGCACUUCAGCGCCACAACUCUCAUCUCCCCUACGUUUCUUUGUCUCAUACGGAUACUGCCAUACAAUAUACAGACCAUCCCAUCACACCGGAACACAAGGCUGCCAUGGCCCCGAAUUUCAACACAAGAGAUGGUGUGCUGAAGUCAGUCUAGUCAGACUUAAAGGGAUUAGACACCAGAUGGUUCCAAAAUCGCCAAAUACGAUAUUUCCUCGCAACAAGCAUAGAAUUGUCAAUAAGAGCUAGUAUGAGGCCAAUAAUACAUAACUUUACAUGAUUAAAAUAAUAUUUUGUCGCUGUCUCAGCUGAGUUGAUUCGUAUAAAUAGCGCAUAAAGGUUUCCCGGUUUAAAGUGUGUAUAUUUAGAAUGUGGAAGUCAUGUGGCAAGUACAAAUGCAUAUACCGACACUAUUUUAAAAAUUAAUUGGCAUUAACGUGGUAGACAGACCCAAUAAAUUUAGGAAUUGGAAAAAUACGCAAAAACGUCUAAAGAGGCAUGUGUCUUAAGUGAUGUGAUACUUCAGUUAUUAAUAAUAAAUGCGUUGAACACAUCCAUAUCAAUUUUAUGUUAGUUUUUUUACAUUUUUCUUGCAAUUGUAUCAUCUGGUGUCGAGUCACUUUAAAAUCUACCAGUGAUUUUAAUAGUUUCAUAGUUGUAUAUGAGACUCAAAUUGAUUGUUUGUUCUAAAUAGCAAAUAACGAUGAAUUGUUUUUGUAUGAUUUUUUUUGUGGGUGUGUCAAAAAGAACUGUAUUAUACCAAGGCAUUAAAUCUGGGGCUUUCUUGUUAGUAUUAUGUUUAGUCAAUAGUUGCUUACUGUGUUGUUAAAGAACUUACUUUAAACUUUGCUUUUGAAAUAUGAUGAACAUACUGCCACUGCUUAAGUGAUUCAUUCAUGUGUGAAAUGGAGUAUUUGUUAAAAUCUGGGGCUUUUUUGUUACUUUGUUAAGUGAAUAGCUGUUUACUUUGUUGUUAAAGAGCUUUUAAACAUUGCAUUUGAAAUAUAAUGGUCAAACACAGUCAUACUACCACCUAACAAAGUGAUUCAUUGAUUAUUUUUGGAGUAUAUGUUAAAAGAUUUUUUUUUAAAUAUGGUACUUUUAUUUGCACACAUCUUCUCUGGAAAAAUUAUUGGGCUGAUUGUUCAUAAUUUUGUUAAAGUUAACAGCAUUGGACUGAUUGUUUAAUACUUAAGUGAAGUUAACAACGUCGUUAACAUUAUUGUGGUCAACCUUCAAAUCAUUACUAAUCUGAAAGUUUACCGUAUAAACUUGACUUGUGAUCUUAGUAUUUCUAACAAGAUUUUAGACAUUCCAUCUGUACUUGAUGAUAUAGAAUCAUAUAAAAACAUCAUCAAAUAUUUCACAUAUACAAGUUAACAACAAUGUUGAUAAUCACAUAAUCUGAACAAUGGAUCAAUAAGUGUUACAUACAUUUAUAUAAUUUAUGGAUGAUAAAUUGUUAGGUUUAGUUUGCAUUGUCAAAAGAUUCCAGCAAACUCUGCUAAAAAAUAU